AUUCUGACAAACAUUUUCAGCUUGAUUUACAGGCCUUCUUCAGUUACAUCCACUAUAGACCAAGGAGAAAAAUCUAAAUCAAGUGUCUUGAUAUCUGAAUCUUCCCUUUCAUACAAAAUCUCUCAUGGAAAUGAAGAAUAUGAAGAAUUAAUUCAAAAUCAGCUUUCAUCUAAAAUUUCUGUAUCUUCAAUUGUUUCUUCAAAGUGUCUUCAUUUGAAAGGUCCAAAUAGAACAGAAUUUUGUACAUCAGAUGUGAAUAAUAUAUCAGAUAAAAUAUUUCCAGAAAGUAAACAAAUAGAAAAUAGAGGUAGCAAUUUUGAAAAUAUAUCUUCUCCUAGUUCAGAUUUUAGGGAUAAACUGACUACAAUGUGGACAACAAGUCCGCAAUCAUGGCAUAGCCAUUCUCUUCCAUUUUAUCAAAAUGCUCAUAUAAAUUACCAUUCUACCGGAUUAUCUUGGGAAGGCCAAUUUGCUGACACAAAUGUCUCUAAACCCACUAAUUUUGUGAAUGAACUCGAUCAACCUAUUGAUCUGAGGGUGUGUAAAUCAAAAGAUAGGAUAUCUGAAGAAAUCUAUAAAUCUGAUUUAUAUGAGAAUUGGAGAAUAUCACAAAAUAUGUUAAAUUCUUCAUUAAGAUCAGAUCAAAAAAAACUAAAUGAAUCUAAUAAUCCUAAGGUAGAUUUUUUAAGUCAUCAAAAGUUGGAAACAUCCCCUUUUAAGUUCAUUCAUGAUGUAAAUAAAUCCAGUUUACCAACAAAUAUACUUAAUCAGCAUUCUGAUGAAGAGAACAAUGCAUUUAUUGAAACAGCUGCUAAACAAAAAUAUCAAGAUUCAAAAGGUCAUUCAAAAACAGUAAAUUGUCAUGAAAACUCUAUCCCCUCAUACAAUGUCGGAAGAAGUGAUCAUUCAAUUGAAACAGCAUCCAACAAUCAGAGUCAAAAUCAAUAUGAAAAUCCUACCAUAAUGACAACUGAGGAAUCCGUAGAUUCUGAUUCUGUGCAAUGUCAUUCAAAUACAGCAAUUUCUCCACCAAUCGUUGAAGAAAAUGAACUUCAUAUGCCAGUAAUUUCUCAGGAGAACAGUUUAAUAACAGUACCUCAUAACAUUCUAAGAAUAGAUAACAGUACACAUCAACAAAGAGAAUGUACAAACAAAAAUGGAGCUGGAAAUAACUCUUACGUUACUGAAGGAAAAUGUACUUGUGCCAUUUGUAAUAAAACAUUCACAAAACCAAGUCAGUUGAGAUUACAUGUCAACAUACAUUACUUUGAAAGACCUUUCCGUUGUGAUGAUUGUGCCAUUUCAUUCCGUACUAAUGGCCAUCUUGAAAAGCAUAAGCGAUCUGCUAGCCAUUAUAAUAAAAUGCACACUAACACGUCUUUUGGCACACCUUGUGCUGAUAAUCCUCGUCCUUUUAAGUGCACAGAUUGCAAUAUAGCAUUCCGAAUGCAUGGUCAUUUAGCAAAACAUUUACGUUCAAAAAUGCAUAUCAUGAAAUUGGAAUGUCUUGGUAAACUCCCUUUUGGUAUGUAUGCAGAAAUGGAAAGGACAGGAGUUAAUUUCAAUGAUAUUGAUACUACAGAUUGUGAAAAUUCAUUAGAAAGUUUACAAAAAAUAGCACAAACACUUUAUACAUCUCAAAAUGCUCAUCAAUCUUUGGACCUCAGUGCAUCAUCUUUACAGACAAUAAAACCAAAGGCUCAUAUUAUAAAUUCAUCCUAUUCAAGUGCCACACCAUUUCAAGUAAUUAACAGCGGUACCGUUUCUUUUAACAGUAAUCCUAUUGGGAUACAGCAAACGGGUCAAAUAUUGAAUUUAAGUUCUUUAGACAUUACAAAUAAUGAUAAGUUAAGAAAAUCAAAUCACAAUAAAAAUUACCUACUUGCAAAUGAGCAAAUAAUUAGAGAUUGUAUGACAUCUCAAAAAGAAUUUCAUGGAGAUAAACUUCAUUCAGAUGUAGCAUCACCUCCAUCCUUGCAUUCUAGGACUUGUCCUUGUGAUAGUUGUAUUUCAUUAAGAUAUACUGUAUCAAAUACAAGUUCAGGAGAUAGCUGUGUAUCACGACCAGUAAAAAAAGAACAAUGGAAGUUAAAAGAUAGAUUAAUUGCAGAGUUUCAAGAAGAAAGUACUCAUACAGAAAAUCCUAGGUGACAGUUGUUCAUAUGAUCAUCUCAUGAAAAACAUGAUUCCCCACAAGGUAAUAUUUUAUUGUCAUGGGGACCAAAAUUUUCAGAGCCAUUGUAAACUUGCAUUACUUUCACAGCUACAUCUUUCACUCAUGGUUAUGCUCGGGCAUAUAGCAUUACGAGUGCAAUGUUUCCUUUAACCGAGCUGGUCUCCUGUAAACAUGAAAUACGGUGUUUUCCUUGUGCUGGUUCACAGGAUUCAACACAGUUAUUUGACAGCUCAUUAUGUGAUUGUGUCUGUAAAUAUUAUA